GACAAUUUGCUCUGAGAACGCUCUCAAUGCGGAAGCAUGUUAAGUAGAUUCAUCAAGCCACCUGUGGGUGCACUGCGCACCGACGUCGCGACUUUGGUUCGUGCAAUGAGCGAUGGCGGUGCUAGAGCCUUGUCCUUGACCGAUGUCCUUGGUGCUAUUGGCGCCUUGAGGACCGAGGUUGCCGUCUUGAGGACCGAGCUGAGGACCGAGUUUGGCGCGUUGAGGACUGACAUUGCCACUCUACAGACAAAUUGGGGAGUCCUGCUCGAGUUUGCGAGCAGCGACGUCAUCAGUUCGCAGUUCGGCGCCAGCUUGGGCGCUUCCUGCACGCUGCGCUCCGCGGAGGACGUGGCGUGCGUGGUGUCGCCCCAGGGGCGCCCCAUCGUGCCUAGCACUACCCAGCUGGUGGCCGCGUUGGGAAGCAAGGACCUGGGCUUCUGGCACCUCGCAACAUGCGGCGUCCGGAAGGUGCAGGACCUCGCUUCGGGCAAGGAGCCGACCACCGCGGUGGUGGACGCGGCGAACGAGCUGCGAGUCAUGCAUGCCUACGAGCAGCUGGCAGCGGCGGCGACAGCGGCAACAUCGGCGCUGGAGGCGUCUGCGGCUGCUGGCGGCGGCGGCGGCCCGGGCGGUGCGGCAGCUGUAGCGGCUGCGGCAGCGGCUGCACGGGUGCCCGAAGGAGCCUGCAAUGCGGUGAUCCGGCAGCUGCACCGCAGCGGCGUGGGGAGCAUAGUGUUCGCGGGUGACAUGGAGCGCUACCUGCAGGCCGCCUCGCCGGAACGGCGCGCAGAGCUGCUUGCAGGAGACAUGUUCGUGCCGUGCCUGUCCGCGGUGGCCACCGGCACUGCGCUGCCGGAGCUGCAAGUGGACCGCUGCGGCCGCGUGUCGCUGGAGGAGCAGGUGUCGGGCGCCGUUGCGGGGCUGCACAUCGGCGAGCUGAAGAUGUCGGGCGGUGGCGUCCGCGACGCGCGCAAGGAGGUUGUGCGCUCGGCCCUCGCCCUCGCAUGGGCCUACCACGCCCUGCGGAGAGGCGUCGAUGGCGCUGCAGCGCUGCCGGUGGUGCUGGACUUGCAUGCACACAUUAUCACGUCAAAGGACGGGCGCUCGCACUCGCGGCCGGCGUCAAGGCAGCUGCCGGCGUAUCACCGCGUGGAGCGGCUGCCCGGCCACGGCUGCCCGCUGACUGUAUACUUGCACUACUACACGCUCACUGCCAGCGGUGUAAAGCGUUGGGAGCUGUGAGUAGGCCGCGCGGCGCCGCGGCUGCAGCAGCACGGGGCGGGUUGCUUGGGGGUGGUUGUCGAUGCUGCUAUCGAAGCGGUGCCACUGGGCGCUCCAGCCGCCCUUUGGUUGUAUACCGGCGUCUGAGAGCGAGAGGGUUGCAAGGUGUGGGCUGCCUGUGUGGGCGUGUCAUCGGAGGCGUCGCUGGGCGCUCAAGCUGCCCAUUGUGUGCCGGCGUCUGAGCGAGAGCGAGAUGUGCGCCUGCCAUGGAAUGGAGACAACCCUGAUGCACUGACGUCGCCGUGCAGAGUGUGUUUUCGGUGGGAACGAAGUUCGAAGUUGGAUUUAGUAGGGUGUCUGAACGGGUAGGCGGCACACAAGUUGUACAUAUACCCGAACCAGGGGUGACCCGAACUACCGAAACCUCUGCUGUCUGCUCUGGAUUACCAGAAUACCGUACUCUUUGUGCAGUGGUGGGGCAUAUAGUGGUGGAUAGAUGUGCGCGUGCAGGCUGCUGGUUUGCCCUGAGAUUUUCAGGCUUGCAAUUUUGCGCACGCUUGGAGCCCACGACGGUCCGUGGGUCCGGUGUGUGUUGGGCCUUAGCAUGUUAUUGUGCUUAAGGCGGCUACAUGGCAACUUUUGAUGUGUGCGUCUACCUGAAUGUGUCCAAUUUGAUUCUGAUGGGGAGAGCAAAGGAUUGUGACGACCUAGUAGCUUACGAGUUUGACCCCGUGUGUCACCGUGGCGCUUUGCGCGUAUGGGAUGCAAUGCUCCUGCAAUGCUGCACCCCCCGCACGUGCGGCGCAUUGCCGCCGGUGGUUGUUGUGGCAUUGCGGCGACGCGGCAGAUGACGUUGGUCGGCCCAACUUUUUUGGGCCCAACUUUCUUGGCGGCCCUUCAAUCCAACGCACGCCAGGGGCAUCGCAGCCCGCGGUGGCGGAGGUAGCUUAAAGCCUGACAAUCGGGCUGUAAGACUGACAGCGGUGUGGUGUGCAUGCAUUUGCAUGCGCAUGGUGACCGUUAUCGACGUGCGUUGCGUAACUAAUGCGUACGUAGACCAGAGCGGAAGGCGAAGUGGGCUUGCAGGCGGCACGAGAGCAAGCAGUCAGUUGCGCAAGUUGCGAUACCUCGUAACCGACGGUGUAACCGACGGUAAACGCUGUGGACGGUCGGGCCCAUGGCUUGCUGACGGAAGGUGGCUGCUUUAUUGGGAUGGCCGGGCUGGGCGACGGCGGGCUGGCUGGCGUUGGGACUACUAGAAAGGAUGCGCCCGAAACCAACUCCUGUUGGGAUGACCGUGUGUAGGGUGUGCGAUGGGACAGUUGUAACUUGUAAGGCAGGUUGGUGAAGUCCCAGCUGAUUGCCAAACCCCAGCAGAUGGCAAACAAUUUGCAACGGCAGGGCAGGAGUGCGCGGCUCGGCGAACGCCGGAUUUACUGCACCGACGAGUUGCUGGCUGGCUGGAAGUUUGCUGAUGCGCAUUCUUCACGCUCCGGGUGCCUGGCCAGGCGAUAGCACCACGCAGACACACCGCAACGCCACACUCGCGAUGCAGAUUGCAGAGCCGCAUCGCACCUGCAGGAACGGCGCAACUACCUAGGUCAUUGGUGGUCAUGCGUAUGUAGAGAGAGCACAGGUGUAAGGUUCUGCGUCAAGCGACAUGCCCCCUAAGGGCCAUCCGUGGCUCUCGCCAACGCGGCGUCCCGACACGCCAAAGCAAUGUGUUGAGUUUGCGCCUAGAACAGACGACCACUCGGGACCAAGGUCGAGGCCAAGGGUCUGUAGUCUCUGUAGGCAGUGGCAGGCCCGGGUGCCAGUUGCAGGCGGGCGGGUAAGCUUGCAGGGACACAUGAACAGCCGGGGAGGUCCACUCGUACUGCAAGUAUGGCGCCAAACUCCCCCCGUGCAUUAGUUGGGUCCUUGAAUUGCACGAGUCCGGGGCGUGUGCCAGCGCCGGUAAACGGUACACGGAAAUGAGUGCAAGCAUGUCGGCAUUGCGCAGCGGUUGACGGCAGUUCUCUUGCCGUCGCAGGGAGAGCAGUCAUCAGUGAAGCCAAAGUGUACACCCAUAUUAUGCGCAGCUGGGUCAGUGCGUGGGAAUGAGCACUCUUGUAUAUAUACCCGAACCAGGGGUGACCCGAACUACCGAAGCCUCUGCUGUCUGCUCUGGAUUACCUGCAUACCGUACUCUGUGUGCAGUGGUGGGGCAUAUAGUGGUGGAUAGAUGUGCGGGUGCAGGCUGCUGGUUUGCCCUGAGAUUUUAGGGUUUGCAAUUUUGCGCAUAGCGUGGAGCCCACGACGGUCCGUGGGUCCGGUGUGCGUUGGGCCUCAGCAUGUUAUUGUGCUGAAGGCGGCUACAUGGCAACUUCAGAUGUGUGCGUCUACUUGAAUGUGUUCAAUUUGAUUCUGAUGGGGAGAGCAAAGGAUUGUGACGACCUAGUAGCUUACGAGUUUGACCCCGUGUGUCACCGUUGCACUAUGCCGUCUAUGCGCGUAUGGGAUGCAAUGCGCCUGCAAUGGUGCACCCCCAGCACGUGCGGCGCAUUGCCGCCGGUGGCUGUUGUGGCAUUGCGGCGGCGCGGCAGAUGACGCUGGCCGGCCCAACUUUCUUGGCGGCCCUUCAAUCCAACGCAUAGUUAGCGAAGUGCUUGCUAGUGAAUGCGAAUGCAAGACGCCGUCGUGAGCUCCAGGCUAGCAAUAAACAUCACGAAAGCAGUUAGUGUCAGCGGCAAUGCGGUUACUUGUUACCAAUGCGGUUACUUGUAUGUAACGCAUGCCAGGGGCAUCGCAGCCACGCGCAGCCCGUGGUGGCGGAGGUAGCUUAAAGGCUGACAGUCGGGCUGUAAGACUGACAGCGGUGUGGUGUCCUUGCAUUUGCAUGCGCAUGGGUGAUCAUGCGUAGGGAGAGCAAAGGUGUCAGGUUCUUCGUCAACUACAGU